AUGUUGGAUCCGUCGGCGAGCCGGCGGCAGCAAGCCAUGGACUCGUCCGCCGUUUACUCCCAUUCCCGCACCCGCACGACAUCCUCCAACACCUUCCCCAUGGCCAUCCAGAGCCCGACACCGAUGCACCUCUCCCACGCCCACGCGAAUCCCCAACAGCACAGCCGCCGCUCCCCCUCGGUGAACACCUUCAGCACCACCUCGAGCGUGCCCCCGCCCGCCGCCUACCGCACCUCGCCUACCAACGACCUGCGCCGCUCGACUUCCUCCCGCUCCGGCGGCAGCCCCCAGCCCAGCGGCUACGUCGCCCUCCUCCGUAAACAAAAGGCCACCGUCUGGUGCGACCGCGCCCAGUACGAGGACCCCCGCCUGCUGGCCCAGCAGCGCGCCGCCAAGAUGCGUGCCACACUCGAGGUCAUCGGUGGCCAGCGCACCGUCUCAGGCCUCUCUACCUCCGCCGGCCGUACGAGCACCGGCAUCAGCGCCACAGGCAAGGUCGCCGCCAAGAUCCGUCACCACGGCAAGCCCGCUGUUGUCGGCUACGCCCCCGGCGAGCACCACGUCGGCGUGGGCGGCGUGCCCAUGCGUCUGAGCGCCACCGAGGUCGAGGCCGAGAGCAGCGACGACGACGACCCCCGCCUGCACCACCGCCGCACGGGGAGCAGCGGUCGCAGUAGCACUGCGAGCCGCCGCGGCCCGGGCUACAGGUCGUCCGGCGGGCUCGGCAGCCAGAGCGGCCGCAGGUGGAGUCCCGGGAACACGCCCGAGAGGAGCGGCAGCCUCGUCGAGGAGAAGACGGCCGAGGACGGGACGCUCGGCGACAACGCGAGCGGCAGGGCCAUGACGACGGGCUCCGGGAGCAGCGGCGAGCGGGCCGACAACGUCGGCGAGCUGGGAAGCAACGCGGCGAGGCUGGCGAGCAACUCGCUCAUGCACUCGACCGUCACCCGAGAAAAGAGCGUCAAGGGCGCCGACGAUCUCCGUAGGAGGGGCAGCGUCGACGAGCGCACCACGACGCUCACCGGUGGCCGUCUCUACAUCGCCAACCCCGAUUAA